CCCCACGGCGCUCGCGGCUCCUAACCUGCAUUUUGUCCCUGACACUGCAGCAGCAGCAGCAGCGCCUCUCUGGGGCCGGCCACAGGAAUGUCUGGACGUGGAAAGAAAAAUGUGGUGGCUGCAAAACCUACAGUUCUAUUAAGAAAAACAAAGUCAGCAAAGGCUGGUCUGCAAUUCCCAGUGGGUCGUGUCCACCGGCUUCUCAAAAGAGGGAACUAUGCUGAGAGAAUAGGUGCUGGCGCUCCAGUUUACCUGGCAGCUGUGCUGGAAUAUCUAACUGCUGAGAUAUUGGAACUGUCAGGAAAUGCUGCCCGUGAAAACAAGAAAAGCAGGAUUGGGCCACGACACAUCCAGCUGGCUGUGAGGAAUGACGAAGAGUUGAACAAGCUGUUUGCCGAUGUGACCAUUGCUGAAGGAGGAGUUAUGCCCAACAUCCUUUCGCAGCUUCUUCCCAAGAAAACUCUUAAAGAUCCUUUACCAAGAGGGGAUGCUACUGCUUCCCAGGAAGAAUCCAGUAACCACUGACUUACUCCUACCUUUCCUUUGACUCGUGUUUAUCAAUGCUCUAUAUGUGCUAACUGCUAAAUAUUACUCAGGGUGAUUGUUUUAAUGUUUGUGUGUCUUUUUUAGAUGUUUGUAAUAAACUUUCUAGAAUUCA